AUGCUGCUUUUCACGAUUGGAAUUGUGGUUGCUGCAGCCGCGCCCCUGAUCUACCACCUUCUUACUGCUACGCCUUCGACAAGGCGAUCACCAAAGGGGCAGCGAGAUAUCCCUGACGCUGGGAGUGCAUCCGAGUUGGACUUUCAGCCGCAGCGACAGCUCCAAAGAUGGGCCAUUGAGCACGGUGAGCUGUUCAGAGUGCGCUUAGGUAGAGAGCAAUGGAUCUAUUUCAACAGCCCAGCGGCCGUCAAGGAGAUUUUCGAUAAGCAGUCGCUGUACUCAUCCUCUCGUGCGCCGAGUCCUGUUGUGUCAGAUAUGCUCUCGGGUGGACUGCGAUUCCUACUGAUGCCAUACUCGCCUCACUGGAGGAAGCUUCGAGCAAUUGUUCACAAGCUUCUAUCCCCAAAAUCAUCCAGCACCUUCAUGCCAUCCCAGGAGUUUGAAGCAAGGCAGUUGCUCUGGGAUAUCCUGACCGACAAUGACAACCAGGAGAAUUUCUACAUGCAUAUUCGUAGAUAUACAACAUCGGUGGUGAUGACCUCAACAUACGGGCGGCGAGUCCCUGUUUGGGACUGUGAAGACAUCCGCGAAAUAUACGGCCUAAUGGACGAGUUCAGCAAAGCUGCAACGCCAGGCAAGUACAUGGCCGAAACCCUACCUGUGCUGGCUAAGCUUCCGGCAUGGAUGCAGUGGUGGAGGAAAGAAGCCGUGCAGUCCUUCAAUCGACAGGCAACUAUUUGGAUGAAGUACUGGUCCAGCCUCAGGAUCCAGAUGGACCGGGGUCAGGCGCCCGAGUGUUUUGUGAAACGGUUCAUCGAAACCGACUACAAGAAGAGUAACAUCAGCGAGCUGCAAGCGAGCUUUGUUGCGGGAACCAUGAUUGAAGCCGGGUCCGAGACAACAUCAUCCGCCCUCAACAGCUGCGCCAAGUAUUUUGCAGCCUAUCCCGAGGCUCAGGCAAAGGCUUUCGCGGAGAUUCUACGAGUGGUUGGCGAGGAUCGCAUCCCCAACUUCGGUGAUGAACCAGACCUGCCGUACAUCAGAGCGUGUGUCAAGGAAGUUUUGCGAAUCCGUCCAGUAACCAACAUCGGAUCUCCACACUACACGACAGCAGACAUAGUGUACAAGGACUACUUCAUCCCAGCAAACACAGUAGUGUCUAUCAAUCAGUACGCACUGCACUUCGAUCUGAAUCGCUACGAGAACCCAGAUGACUUCGUCCCAGACCGAUAUCUCAACCACACGCUCAAGGCAGGGGUGUAUGCGGUGCAUCCCGACCCCUAUACGCGGGACCACUUCGACUUUGGUGCCGGGCGGCGAAUCUGCCCGGGGAUGCACCUGGCAGAAAAUAGUCUUUUUAUUACCAUCGCUUGUCUUAUUUGGGCGUUUGAGAUCCUGCCGCCGGUGGAGAAGGGCAAGGUGGGCACUGUUGAUGUGUCUGAUGCAGCCUACGAGGACGGGGCGAACACACUUCCGAAGCCUAGUAAGCUGCGGUUUGUCUGUCGGAGCCCAGCAACAGAAAGAACUUUGACGAGGGAAUGGGCAAGGGCAAAGGACUCGGGAUAUAUGCUUGGCCACGUCAAAGUGACCGCGGAGGGUGUCGUUGUCGUUGCCGAAUGA